AUGAGCGGCGGCGUGAACGAGCGGGAAAUUGAAGUCCGCAGCUUGACCGGCGAAACAAUCCGAGCCUUGAUCGGAGCGAACAAGACCGUCGAGGACCUCAAGCUCCUCCUCAAGCACACCUUUCCUCCGGCUUCCUCUUCCCCUAAUUUCCACCUUUUCCUAAAGGGCAGAAAACUGAAUUUUAAGAGUCAGAUUAGUAGUUAUGUUAUUGGGGUUGGAGAAUUUUUGGUUGUUGUCCCUUUUGUGACGAAGGGAAGGAAAAGUGGAAAAAGGGUUGAAGCAUCUUGUUCAGACGACCCAAAUUCGAGGGGGAGAAUUGAGACUGGGUUGGCCGAGUCUGCCUGGUCCGACUUGAUGGAAGACCUGUCUUCUUAUCAAGACAGUUCUAAUGAUCAGAAUAAACCAGAAGCUGGCUUCGCGACCAUGGAUUUUGGAAAUAAGAGUGCACGUGGUAAAGCAACAGCCUCUUUCAGAGCAAUGAAUAAGAAGAAAGACUCAUAUAAUGACAAAGAGAAAAGGAAUUCGUACGAUAUUAUGUUGAGUUUAUUGCAGGGCUGUGGUGGUGACCUGAUUGAUGAAAAGAUGGUCGAAAAGUUUUUUCAGUUUAUAAAUAGUUCAAGCUGUUUGUGUGAUCCAGCUACGGGGUUUUGUGUGAUGCGGGAAUCUAGUGCUUCCCCAUUCGGUGAAUUAGAUGCUUGUAAUAAUAGUAUGUUGUGCUUCUGCCCAUUGUGGCUGAAAGACAUUAUGAGUGCAUUUUCAUUUGUGAAUAUUUACUCAGCAUGUCUUCAGCUAUGUGAGAAAAGGAUUAGCAUAUGCGCACUAGAGGAACCACUUGACCGACUCCAUAAAGUUGGCUUUCGCCCUGGCAUCGUAGAAUUGGAGCUUCUUUCUCAGCUUUGUCCUAAGGUACUAUGUAUUGUUAACAAUGAAAUAGAGGCAACAGAAUUACCUGAUGCUGUAAUUAUAAUGAGAUCCUCAGCAGACAUAAGGGACCAGCACGAUGCUGAACUCAAUCAAGCUGCAAAACGGUUACCCAGGGCAAAGUUUGUAAACUUGAUGCAGAAAAGAGAAACUUCCUUGAAAGCUAUUCUUUCAAAGGCAGCAAAAUCAUUGAUGUCUGCAGAUGGAGCAGAUAUGAUCAAGCCUUUUUCAUUAGAAGAUCUUCUGACAUUUGUGAAAAAAGCUGAUACUACAUCAGCUGAAAAGAAUGCGAAACAAGCGAGGAGAAGAAAUUUUGCUGCUUCAAAUUCUCUUUCAUACGAAGUACACUGUCAUGACACAAAGUCUUUGCUACCUGAGGAAAUGGUGAGGCAUCUUCAUAGCACUCUAGGAACUCAAGGACAGGUGGUUCACAUUGAAAAGAUCAGUGCCCGGAGUGCCAAGUAUGUUGAGAUCCCAUGUCAGCUUUCUGAUAAUGUGAAGUCUGCUUUGAACCGUGUGGGGAUUACAAGAUUGUACAGUCACCAAGCUGAGUCAAUUCAAGCUUCCCUCGCUGGUAAACAUGUGAUUGUGGCCACCAUGACAUCUAGUGGGAAAUCUCUUUGUUACAAUAUUCCAGUUGUGGAAGCACUGCUGCACAAUCCAUUAGCUUGUGCUCUCUAUCUCUUUCCUACCAAGGCAUUGGCUCAAGAUCAGUUAAGAGCUUUGUCAGCACUUACUCACGGGCUUGAUAAUAGCCUAAACAUAGGGAUAUAUGAUGGAGAUACAUCUCAAGAAGAUAGAUUGUGGCUGCGGGACAAUGCUCGGCUGUUAAUUACGAAUCCAGAUAUGCUACACAUCUCUAUAUUGCCUUUCCAUGGACGGUUUAGCCGGAUAUUGUCAAAUCUUAGGUUUAUCAUUAUUGAUGAAGCUCACUAUUAUAAGGGGACAUUCGGUUGUCAUGCUUCUCUAAUAUUUAGAAGGCUUCUUCGAAUCUGUUCUCAUGUGUAUAGCAGUGACCCUUCUUUUGUAUUCAGCACAGCGACUUCUGCAAACCCCAAAGAGCAUGCUAUGGAACUAGCAAAUCUACCAACAGUAGAGUUAAUUGAAAAUGAUGGUAGCCCUUCCGGUUUGAAGCUCUUUAUGCUCUGGAAUCCUCCUUUAUGCCUGAAAACUGUUUGGAAGAGAACAAAGACCAGUAUGGAGGCUAAUGGAUCUGUUAGUAAAACUGUGGUUACUGGACGCUCUAGUCCAAUCUUAGAGGUUUCCUACCUAUUUGCAGAAAUGGUUCAGCAUGGGUUACGUUGCAUUACAUUCUGUAAAACACGCAAACUUUGUGAACUUGUUCUCUGCCACACGCGUGAAAUACUUCGUGAAUCAGCACCGCAUCUAGCAGAUAAAGUGUGCUCUUACCGAGGAGGCUACAUAGCUGAUGACAGGCGAAGAAUUGAGAGUGAUUUCUUCAAUGGCAGUAUUUGUGGUAUUGCUGCCACAAAUGCCCUUGAGUUAGGCAUUGAUGUAGGUCAUAUUGAUGUCACACUCCAUCUUGGGUUCCCCGGUAGCAUAGCGAGUCUAUGGCAACAAGCUGGAAGGUCAGGAAGGAGAGAAAACCCAUCACUCGCUAUAUACGUUGCAUUUGAAGGACCUUUAGAUCAGUACUUUAUGAAGUUCCCAUAUAAACUUUUCAGGGGUCCGAUUGAGUGUUGCCAUGUCGAUCCUACUAAUGAUCAGGUGCUGCAGCAGCACUUAGCAUGUUCUGCUCUUGAACACCCAUUGAGCUUGCUUCACGAUGAGAAAUAUUUUGGUUCUGGCUUAGAGAAAGCCAUCACGAGCCUUAAAAGCAAAGGCUUCCUGAGCACUGAUCUAUCGCGUGAUUGUUCUGCCAGAAUAUGGACCUACAUUGGGCAUGAGAAGUCCCCAUCCAGUGCUGUUAACAUUAGAUCCAUGGAGCGUGUGCGUUAUAAAGUAAUUGACAAACUAAAGAAUGAAGUCCUUGAAGAAAUUGAGGAAAGCAAAGCUUUCUUUCAGGUUUAUGAAGGUGCUGUCUAUAUGAAUCAAGGGAAGACAUAUCUUGUAAAACAUUUAGAUUUAUCGAGUAAAAUUGCUUGGUGCCAACUGGCAGAUGUAAACUACUAUACGAAAACUCGUGACUACACCGAGAUUCAUAUAAUUGGCAGCAAUAUUGCCUAUCCAGCUACGGCUUCCAUUGACCAGCUUGCAAGAACAACUGCCCAAACAAAUAUUUGCAAAGUAACAACUACUUGGUUCGGUUUUCGCCGCAUAAGGCAAAGAAGCAACGAGGUUAUUGAUACUGUGGAGUUGUCUCUACCUGAUUACUCGUACGAGUCACAGGCUGUUUGGAUACGAGUUCCACAAUCAGUAAAGAUAGCUGUCGAGGCUUCCCAUUACUCCUUUCGGGCCGGCUUACAUGCUGCAGGUCACGCUCUUCGUAACGUGGUUCCUUUGUUUAUUAUAUGCAACCAAUCUGAUUUAUCUUCAGAGUGUGCAAAUCCUUAUGAAAACCACUAUGUUCCAGAAAGAAUUCUGCUUUAUGAUCCUCAUCCUGGAGGUACAGGCAUUUCAGCAAAGGUCCAACCUAUUUUUACCGAGCUGCUAACAGCUGCUUCAGAAUUGCUUUCUUCAUGCCACUGCUCAGGAGAGGCUGGCUGCCCUAACUGUGUGCAAAACCUUGCGUGUGCCGAGUACAAUGAGGUUCUACACAAGGAGGCUGCAUUAAUGAUCAUUAAGGGUGUUUUAGAGGCAGAGGCAGCUUGA